GUCAUCUAUGUCAGUCCAUCGACUUCCAUACGCUCACUACUCAGUGGUACAUUUGCCGGCCAACCUACCAAUCUGUCCCACGCACCAGCCACAAAGGCCAGCCGACUGUACAUCAGGACCCUCUGUUCUCUUUGAACCGGCGCCUCCCAAAAACUGACGCAACGAAACCCUCUUUUAUCUACCUGCCCUUCUUCCUUCCCUUCCCCCCUCCACCAACAAACCAACAGCAAAACCUCACGAGACCACAUCACCAACACCCCGACGAACAGAACAAAACAGAAGGAUACAUAGUUUCCCUUCUGCAAUCAAUAACUCUCAACACUUCAACAACUCUUCACACAUCAGACCGACCGCCCACAAUGGAUGACUGGGACACCGCCACCAAGAUCGGCUCCAAGGCCCGCGGCGGAGGUGCGCAGAGAGAGACCGUCAUCAAGGGAAAGAGCGCCCUCAAUGCCGCUCAGCGCAGCGGUUCCGUCAUUGGAACGGAGAAGAAGUACGCUGCUGGCAAUGCUGCCACCAAGCCCGGCGUCGAAGGCCAGCGCCUCACCAAAGUCGACCGCUCCGACGACAUCAUCAAGCCCAACACGGUCGGCAAGGAGGUCGGCGACGCAAUCUCCCAGACGCGCCAAAAGAUGGAGCCCAAGAUGACCCAAAAGGACCUCGCCACAAAGUGCAACACCACCCAGUCCAUCGUCGCCGACUUUGAGCGCGGCAGCGCCACCCCCGACCAAAAGAUCCUCUCCGCCAUGGAGCGCGUCCUCAACAUCAAGCUGCGCGGCGCCAACAUUGGCGAGCCGCGCUUCGCCAAGAAGAAAUGAGCGAGAGAGAGCGUUCGUGCCCCCACCCUAACUUGCGCUGGGGAGUCUGGUCCUUUGGAAAGGGCGGAAAAUGGUCGUAUUGAACA